AUGGCGACUACAGAGACGAUUCCUGACUCCCAAAACAGACAGAGUGGUUUGAAAAGAUCGAUGAGUCUCGUAAAUUCUCGCUCCGAACGUGGUUUAAAAGAUGAUACUAGAGUCCAUGCAACCACUACAUCCUCAGACGAAUAUGAGCACAGAGUCUGCGCACAAAGGUUUGAAUGGAAUGUUUCAGAGAGGGGGCAAAAGUCCAGCUCCUUGACGAUUGUACCGCAGAUUGAACCGUGCUGCUUUGCAAGACAGGGCUCCAUAUUCUUGCUCAUUCUGGUGACGUCAUCACCCCGCCAGUUCAAGAUACGCAAUGCGAUCCGCGAGACCUGGGCAAGCGUGUCACGAGUGGCUGGCGUCAGCGUUAGACGGGUCUUGACGCGGUUCCUCCUAGGCCGGGCGGACCCGAUCCUGGAGCGUACCCAGUCAUGGAUCGAGGCCGAGAACGAACAGCACGGCGACAUCCUGCAAGGAGACUUCGAUGAUGUCUACCGGAACCUGACGCUCAAGACGAUCGCAGGAAUAGAGUGGGCCGGCCGGCAAUGUCCGGCUGCCGCUUACGUCAUGAAGACGGACAGCGACGUGUUUGUGAACGUGGACGGCAUCGUGCGGUACUUGUCCAACUCGUCCGAGCAGCAACAUGUGACCCCGUUCGCCGUGGGUGAUGUUGCAAAGGGCGCCAAACCAAUACGCAACGACGUCUUGAAAUGGUACACGUCCGAGAGUGAGUACCCUCAGCUCACCUACCCGCCUUUCAUGAAAGGCCCUGGAUACAUCGUGUCCAGCGAAGUUGUCCGUUUGUUGAUCGAGAGCUUUCCGAGGACUCCCUUGUUUGUUUGGGAGGACGUAUACGUCGGGAUGUGCCUGAAAAAGUUGGGCAUCGCUCCGACGGCCGACAAACGGUUUGAGACCUACGCGGUGGACGUGGUAAACGGUUGCAGUAUUUCCCGGCGAUUCCUGAUUCACGGUGUCAAGUACUACAAAAUGAGAAGCUUAUGGAGGAUGCAUACAGAAGCUAUAAAAUCAAAUAGAUGCGAAACCAAGAAUACCUGA